GCAGAGCGCUACUACAAACCCAAAAUGAUUUCUACUUCACCCUCUUUGCUACAUUCUCUCCUCCCUGUGUUUGCUCAGUUUAGAGCACUGGCUCAAUUUGUACUUCAAGAGGACAUCCCUGGAAUACGCUGCUUCUGACAAGGAGCAGGAAUCUAUUAAACAUUGGACUUACGCUUUUUGGAGGAGCUGACAUGAUAAUGAGGAGACGGGAGAUUGUUUCUUAACACACUGGAGCACAGGAGUGGCAGGAGAACUGGCAGGCUUAAUAGAGUAUGGAGCCUCCUUUUGCAUAUGGCUGCUGGAAGUUUUAGGAAUUGAGAGCUCUCCUCAGCUGUUUGCUGAUUUAAUUAGAUUUCUUCCUGUCAAGAAAUCUGAAGGACAACACAUGCUUAGUGGAAUCUGUCAUUUAUGGGGAUGAAAUAUCCACAGAUAGAUCUUUAAAUUCAGUGGUGCACACUGGAAGAAUCUGCUGAGUUAGUUUCUAUGCUGGUCAGGAAAACAAACAACUCUAUUUUAAAAGCCUGUCAGUAGAAAGGUGGCUGUUUCUUGUGAGUAUCUCUGGAAACUGAAUGUGGGGACUGUCUGAGAGCAGAGAUUGCUGCAUUGGAGGUAAUUACUGAGCAGUGUGGAAACAGAGACUGGUUUUUAGCUUGUUAGUGACGUACCAGCAACUGAGCUGGUGUGGACUGGCCUUUCCUUCAACUUUUCGCUGUGUGAGUCAUGGCAGUAGCACACUUCCUGAGUUGUCCAGUUUGUGCUGCUACCUGUGUGGCACAGCCAGGUGGAAGGACACUGGUCUGGUUCCUGGGUCAGCAGUAGUAUUGGUGUUGUUAGCUUGAUGCUGGCAAAAAGCUUUAAGGGAAGUGUUUGCUGCAAGUUCACGCUACCGUUCUGUGCCUCUCUUGUCCUGCUGUUCUGGUAGGGAAGCUGGAGUGGAUGUGCUGAAGGAAAUGGUGGGAUUCUUCGUAGAGGAAUUAAAAUCUUUCUAGGCAUGUUGACUCAUUGUUUGCUUUUGCUAUUAUUUGUUUUGCUUUUGAAUUUCCUUCCUUUCAAGACACAUGUAGUAAUAGAGUAAAGAGGGCUGCAGUUUUUUCCUGCCUGCAAGAGCUUUGAUUGUGCUUUCCUAGAAGUUGGGUGAAAAUCAGUUUUGUGUAAUGCAUGUGAAUAUUCUGGCUUAUGUUGAAAGUGUUGCCUCAGCAGUUUGGUUUGGAAGGGAUCAGUUCAACUUCCAGUUUGUUGUGUUUUGCACUUACUAUGGGAAUUCAUUCUGGGGGGAAAAUCACUGCAUAAUAUUGAAAAGCUUGCUGAGAUAAGGACAUCUUGUACAACUAUCCUGUUACUUAAAGGGCACUGAAUGUUCAUAGUACUAAAUAGCGUUUCUAAACAGAUGGUUCUAAUUAACAUAAAAUACAUCCACAGAUAGAGUCUAUUUGGUGUCCUCAUAAUGAUUUCAAUGGUCCAAUACUUUAGCAUUCAUUAAACUGUAGCACAACCAACAAUGGAAUUGCAGCAGAGUUACUGGAUUCAAACUGGAGAGAAGAGCUCAGCUUCCUCAAAGCAAUUACUUUUUUUCCAUCAUUGGAGGAAAAAAACUAGGAUGUUAAACAUGUAAUUAUAGCAUUUGUGUGUUUGCAUUUCUAACAAGCUGCUAGGAGAAGCUUGUUCAUAGCCUUGAAGUGAACUAACUGGUCUCCAGGUUGCAUAGAAAAGUCAACAUCAUUGCACAUUGCAGCGAAGGGUGGGGCUGCUCAGCUCGUAGAUGGAGCUGUGGAUUUCAGUCUGCAUGAUGUGAACGGUUUCGAUGAACUACUUAGGCCUGUUAUCUCUACCAAGAACUUAAGUUAUAUAAGGUGGGAUGUCCUUCAGAACAAUUUCUAUAAAUCCAUGUUUUCUUUGGAACACAUUUAUGUAAACAGUUUUCAAGGCACUACUGCACAGCGUGAGGUGUUUCAAGACUUAAUAGCAAGCCAGGUGAAAUUACUGCUUGCCUUACUGUAAGCUUUGUCCCAAAUACCUGGAAUUUCAACACAACGGAGAUUUUCUCGCUGUGAGUUUGUGGAAGUGAAGUUGCAGUCCUGUGUAAGGUAGAGAUGUGAAAAGCAAAACUGAAUACAGCAGUCUCUGCCCUUGAGCACUUCAAUGGGUUCUUGGGAGAAAAGGGGAAGUAACACAAGAGAAUCAUAAAACUAAAAUCUAACCUCUUAUUCUUUUAGUGUUUUCUUGUGGUUCUUAGCUUUUGCGAAUUGAUUUGUCUUUUACAGAAAGAAAGGCAAAGCUGUGUUUAAUUUGGUGUCUGAUGAAGUCAGAAUAGGCUCUGCAGAAGGGAGGCAUUGCUCUGUUUCAAAUGGAAAUAACGUUUGACUGCCCCUCCCAAAAACAUACACAAAUUCUGUGUUUUCUCUGGGUAGAAUGGCCAGGCCCAUUCUACAACCAGGGAGUGCUGUCAGGGUUUUGAAAACUCAGUCAGAUGAGAUAGUGCGAGAUGGUUACUGUGAUUCAUACUUUUACGUGUUCUGUGCCAAUAAAGGUCUUCCUCUUCCUACACUAAAGAUGUAUUUAAUCCUGUGAGAAGAACUUUAAUGUCAUUUGUUGUGAAUAGGUUCAACUUGCAGUCUGCAUCAGUUCAGUUCAUGAGCCCAUUUUGGUACAUUUAUUAAGCUAACGUGAGGUUGGGGUUUUUGAUUACUUCAGUAUAAGGUUUUGGGUUUCUUCUGUAAAAUACUGCAAUGGUGGUUUGUUUAUUUCUUAAUGAAAAAAAAUCAUUCUAAAUUACCAGAAAGCAUGUUUUAAAUACUCUGUUAUUCACUUACAGCUGCCAAAACAUAGUACAGAGAAAUAAUGGUCUGCUAGCCUGCUAAACAAGAGUCCAGCUUCCACAAUGCCUGUGCAGGCAGCUCAGUGGACAGAAUUUCUGUCCUGCCCAAUCUGCUACAACGAGUUUGAUGAGAAUGUGCACAAACCCAUCAGCUUAGGUUGCUCUCACACUGUCUGUAAGACCUGCCUGAACAAGCUCCAUCGCAAGGCAUGUCCUUUCGACCAGACUGCCAUCAACACGGACAUCGAUGUUCUUCCUGUAAACUUUGCACUCCUCCAGCUAGUUGGAGCCCAGGUACCUGAUCAUCAGACAGUAAAGUUGAGUAAUGUGGGAGAGAACAAACAUUAUGAAGUAGCAAAGAAAUGUGUUGAGGAUUUGGCACUCUACUUAAAGCCAUUAAGUGGAGGGAAAGGUGUUGCAAGCUUGAAUCAGAGUGCACUGAGCCGUCCAAUGCAAAGGAAGCUUGUGACGCUGGUGAACUGUCAGCUGGUGGAGGAAGAGGGUCGGGUCAGAGCUAUGAGAGCAGCUCGAUCACUGGGAGAGAGAACUGUCACAGAACUGAUCUUGCAGCACCAAAAUCCUCAGCAGCUUUCUGCCAAUCUUUGGGCUGCUGUCAGGGCACGAGGAUGCCAGUUUCUAGGACCAGCUAUGCAAGAGGAGGCACUGAAACUUGUAUUACUGGCACUGGAAGAUGGCUCUGCACUCUCAAGAAAAGUUUUGGUACUUUUUGUUGUGCAAAGGCUAGAACCAAGAUUUCCUCAGGCCUCUAAAACAAGCAUUGGUCAUGUUGUGCAGCUACUGUAUAGAGCAUCUUGCUUUAAGGUCACUAAAAGGGAUGAAGACUCUUCUCUGAUGCAGCUUAAAGAAGAGUUUCGGAGUUAUGAGGCUUUGCGGAGAGAACAUGAUGCCCAAAUUGUUCACAUUGCCAUGGAAGCAGGACUUCGAAUAUCACCAGAACAAUGGUCUUCUCUUCUGUAUGGUGACUUGGCACAUAAAUCACACAUGCAAUCCAUUAUUGACAAGCUCCAAUCUCCAGAGUCUUUUGCAAAGAGUGUACAAGAAUUGACAAUUGUCUUGCAGCGCACGGGAGAUCCUGCAAACUUAAACAGGCUGAGGCCUCAUUUAGAGCUCCUGGCAAACAUAGAUCCAAACCCAGAUGCAGCAUCUCCAACAUGGGAGCAGCUGGAAAAUGCAAUGGUUGCUGUAAAGACUGUGGUACAUGGACUAGUGGAUUUCAUUCAGAAUUACAGUAGAAAAGGCCAUGAAACUCCACAGCCACAACCAAAUAGCAAAUAUAAAACAAGUAUGUGCCGAGACCUUCGACAGCAAGGGGGAUGUCCAAGAGGAACAAACUGUACAUUUGCUCAUUCUCAGGAAGAGCUCGAAAAAUACCGCUUGAGGAACAAAAAAAUCAGUGCAACAGUGAGAACAUUCCCCCUUCUAAAUAAAGUUGGCGUAAAUAGCACCGUCUCAACCACAACAGGAAACGUAAUUUCUGUCAUAGGAAGCCCUGAAGCAACAGGGAAGAUGGUGCCAAGUACUAACGGAAUAGCUAAUCUGGAAAGUGGGGUUCCCCAGUUGAUCCCUCGCUGUGCAGACACCUCCUUGAGAGCUUUGGAGAACACCAAGAAGGGAGGGAAGACUGGAGCCAAUGGCCAGAAUGUUUCUGGGUCCCCUACAGAAUCACUACCUGAAAAUAAAAUUGGUUCUCCACCCAAGACUCCUGUAAGCCAGGCAGCAGCUACCUCAGCUGGUCCUCCUAAUAUUGGAACAGAAGUUAAUUCUGUGCCUCCAAAAUCCAGCCCGUUUGUUCCCAGAGUACCUGUCUACCCUCCACAUUCUGAUAACGUUCAAUAUUUCCAAGAUCCCCGGACUCAGCUAUCAUAUGAAGUUCCACAGUACCCACAGACAGGAUAUUAUCCACCACCUCCAACAGUACCAGCUGGUGUGGCUCCUUGUGUUCCUCGCUUUGUGAGGUCCAAUAACGUUCCAGAAUCCUCCCUCCCACCUGCUUCCGUGCCAUAUGCCGAUCAUUACAGUACAUUUCCCCCUCGAGAUCGACUGAAUUCUCCUUACCAACCUCCUCCUCCGCAGCCGUAUGGACCAGUUCCUCCUGUCCCUUCUGGAAUGUAUGCUCCAGUUUAUGACAGCAGGCGCAUCUGGCGCCCACAGAUGUACCCACGAGAUGAUAUUAUUAGGAGCAAUUCUUUACCUCCCAUGGAUGUGAUGCACUCAUCUGUCUAUCAGACAUCAUUACGUGAGAGAUACAACUCUUUGGAUGGGUAUUACUCUGUGGCUUGUCAACCUCCAAACGAACAGAGGACUGUGCCUUUACCAAGGGAGCCUUGUGGUCAUUUGAAGACUGGUUAUGAAGAGCAGUUAAGACGGAAGCCGGAGCAAUGGGCACAGUACCACACUCAGAAAACUCCUCUGGUGUCGUCAACCCUUCCUAUGGCAACACCAUCUCCAACACCACCUUCUCCUCUCUUCAGCGUAGAUUUCAGCACAGAGUUCUCAGAAAAUGUCAGUGAUUUGAGUGGAACUAAAUUUGAGGAAGACCAUCUCUCUCACUAUUCACCGUGGUCUUGUGGCACUAUUGGCUCUUGUAUAAAUGCUAUCGACUCAGAGCCCAAGGAUGUGAUUGCCAAUUCAAAUGCCGUGUUAAUGGAUUUGGACAGCGGAGAUGUUAAAAGGAGAGUGCAUUUAUUUGAAACUCAGAGAAGGGCAAAGGAAGAAGAUCCUAUAAUCCCAUUCAGCGACGGACCGAUCAUCUCCAAGUGGGGUGCAAUCUCCAGGUCAUCCCGCACAGGUUAUCACACAACAGAUCCUAUUCAGGCCACUGCUUCCCAAGGAAGUGCUACUAAACCCAUCAGUGUAUCAGAUUAUGUCCCUUAUGUCAAUGCUGUUGACUCAAGAUGGAGUGCCUAUGGCUCAGAUUCUGCUUCAUCAGCACGUUAUGCAGAACGGGACAGGUUCAUAGUUGCAGAUUUGUCUGGUCACCGAAAGCAUUCCAGCACUGGAGAUCUAUUGAGUAUUGAAUUACAGCAGGCCAAAAGUAACUCAUUAUUACUUCAGAGAGAGGCGAAUGCACUAGCCAUGCAACAGAAGUGGAAUUCUCUAGAUGAAGGCAGUCGUCUUACCUUAAAUCUUUUAAGCAAGGAAAUUGAUUUGAGGAAUGGUGAGACUGAUUAUACUGAAGACUGUGCAGACACAAAGCCAGAUCGAGACAUUGAAUUGGAGCUGUCAGCCCUGGAUACAGAUGAACCUGAUGGGCAAGGUGAACAAAUAGAAGAGAUUCUGGAUAUACAACUAGGUAUUAGUUCUCAAGAUGAUCAGCUGCUCAAUGGGACAACCGUAGAGAAUGGACAUCUGCUAAAGCAGCACCAGAAAGAAUCUAUGGAACAGAAGAGACAAAGUUUAGGUGAAGACCUUGUGAUUCUGGAGGAGCAGAAAACAAUCCUGCCCGUAACUUCUUGCUUCAGUCAGCCGAUCACAUCUGUUAGCAAUGCAAGCUGCCUGCCCAUCAGCACAGCAGUCAGUGUUGGCAGCCUCAUUUUGAAAACUGCUCACAUUAUGUCUGAGGAUAAAAAUGACUUUUUAAAGCCUGUUGCAAGUGGCAGGAUGGUUAACAGCUGAAAGGCAUUCAUCUUUCCAGCUUGUGACCACACCAUGGAAGCAUUUACACUAGCUUUUUAUAUAUAUAAUAUAUAUUAUAUAAUGUAUAUUUUUUUUAAAAGAAUAAUAUUGGGGUCAUGCAUUUCCUGUGGACUCUUUGAUACUUCAAGCCCCUCUCGCAUUAGCAUUCUGAAGAAAAAAAAAACUUACUUUCCUAGGGUAAGGCGUUCACUUUCCACAAAUGAAUGGAAUUUGGACAUUGUUUUACUUAAGCUUAAAGCAGCUUUUUAUGAGUUUGUAGCAAUCCGGUGCGGUAUCUGAGCCAUUCGUGUUUAAAAUGGCUUCUGUAGAAAACUAACAACUCAGUUAUUUAAACUAGCAGGAUCCUACGAUGAUACAUCUAGUGAAAGGAAGACUUAACUUAUUUGUCUCUAUUUUAUUUCAUGAGAGAAGAACUCGUGUCUUGUUGCAGCUGCUUUUUCUUUAGUUGUGGAACUUUGCAUGGAGUAUUGUUUCCUGUUUGAAGACUGAGAGGUGGAGAUUCGGACUUGAGACUUUUACAGGGUUAACACACCGUUAGCUUUGCACUGCUACGUUAUUCGCAGGUCUGUGGUGCAGUGCUUUGCUGCAGCUUUUUUGUUUCCAUUUCCCCCCCCCAAUAUCUCCUUUAGUAAUGUACAUACACAUACACAGGCUACUUGUCCAAGUAAAGUUAUCAGAAGUAAACCAAGUGCCUAAGUCCUCCAGCUAAUGUACUAGGUACUGAUUUCCCCAAGUUAUACGUGAAACGAUUUUCAACCAUCUUGAGAGGUUAUGCACUAAUGUAACAGCAAUUUUGGUUUUUCUCCUUUUUUUUUUUUUCCUUACUGAUAGUUCUCAACUUGGAGAUUAUAGAAUCCAGAUGACUUGGCAAAAAGUAUCAGGUGCUCUUGGCUUUCCUUUGAAAACCCUGUACGUAGUGUUUGCACUGACUAACAAAGAUGGUAUUGCUGUUUUUUGUACUGUUUUGUUCUUAAUUUAAACUAAGUAUUGGGAAUUUAAGGCGGUUGUAUUACCUUUGUUAAAUGUUGUUAAUCAUAAUUUUGUAUUCAGGUUUAAUUUUUGCUUGUUCAGUGGCAACUUAUUUUCAAAGACCUUGAAAAUACAAUAAUAGAGCAUUAUCUGACCUUCAGAGUACUGAAAAGCGUAUGAAUUUAUGCCCUGCUAAGGUGUGACUGAGGAUCAAGUUAGACAUGUCAACUGAAAAUUGGUUUUCAUAAAUACACAUGAAAUAGAACCAUGGGCAUAUAUUUUGUUGGUUUGAGAAGCUUAAAAAUCCACUCUUUUUUUUCUCUUUUGGGAAAGAAAGCAGGACUCUCCCUCCUGAUGGUGACUCUCUUCUUGUUCGUCCUCUUCCUUUUCUUUGUGACAAGUUUUACAUUUUAUUUGAUUUUUUCUUUUUUUUUUAUGUUUUUUAUUAACUUCUGUGAAGUUGUUUACUCUGAAAAUUGUACUGGAAUAUUUUAAGCCAAGCUGAUCUUUCACCAGGUGUACUGCAUGUAAGGGCUUUUCCUGCUAGCAAAAAUGCUUAAAGAGGAUCAUGUUACUGGUCGUCUGAGUUGUUAUUUUACAAAAUCACAGCUAUGUGGUCGGGUAAGAUUUUGAUAACUGUUUUGUGCACGCUUCUGGGGGGUGGGGGUUGGCAUUUCCCUGAGGGUUCCUGAUUAGACUAAGUACAUAUUGGUGUUUGAUAUCUCUCCUAAUGAAGCUGUCCAUGAGAUAAUUAUGUUGUAAAUAUACCUGAAAAUCCAAGGGUUAGUUUUGAUAUUCUGGUGUCAGUAUGGAAGAUCUUACACAUCUAUUUAAUACUCCAGUGUAAAGGAAUGUAUGUAGAAAACCAGUUGAGUAGUCUUUUCUUAGUUUCCUUUGGCUGUUGCUGUACCUUCCUAUAGCCAGUGCCACCUCAUAGCUAGGAUUAGACUGAUGCUUUGUUUCACUUGCAACUUGAAGUGAAUGGACACAAAAAACAGACCACCUUUGUCACCUUAACUUAUUUCCUAUCGAUGUUAACUUUAACUUAGAAUGUUAGACAUAAAUAUGAUUGUUGUAUAUUUUAUACCAAGGCCAUUAUGUAAAUAUGAAUUUAUAUUACUUUUGAAAUGCUUCUGAGAUACUAUUAUUUGCUGUACAAUGUAAUUCCAAACAGAUAUGCAAACAAGUAUGUCUCUUUCAUGGAUAUUUAAACAGUGAGAUCUUCCAUGUUGAAGGUGAUGUAAUUUUUUUAAAAGAUUUUUAAAUUUUAAAUUGCUAUUUUGUUACAAAAAUAGAGAAAAUAUAAAGGUUUGAGAAGUCCUUAUUUGCCCUCAGGGAAAGAGCCCUCUGUGCACCAGAACUCCACAGAACAUCUUCAGCAUGAUCUGAGGGUGAAUAUAUACUACAUAAAUUGAUUGUGUAUUUACCUUAACUUUUUAAUUUUAAAAUUGCAACUUUAAAAACUUGGUUGUGCUCUGCUGGAGGGGGGUUGGGAUAAGCUGCUUACACACAUUUGCCUGUUUGUCCAGUGAAAUUACAUAAGCCUGACAUAUUCCUGCUAACCAGACUGGCAUAUUUAACACCAGAUGUAUCUAUAUAUACUCUUGUCUGCAGCAGGAGGUCCCAUGAUAGAGCAGUUUGCUAGGAUGACCAUACACUUCAUAUGGAAAGUUGGUUCUUAACUGAGGCUAGGGGGUUUAUUUUAGUUGGAUUUUUAAUAUCUAGAAUGACAGGCAAAAGAAUUCUUUAGGGAUUUCAACAGCAUGCGAGCUUUGUCUUAACAGUUUUAGCACUGAUUGUGUGGUUUACGCCAUGAAAUUGUGCCCUCCAGUGCCCUGACAAGGAGAAAGCUACAGGUGGUAACCUAGCUCGGGCUUUCUUCUGUGGUGAAGUUUCAGCCUUUGACCCUAUACGAACAAGUAUGUAUUCAUUUGUCUAGAUGUAAAUCAGGUGCCUUUGGGCUAUGGAAGGGCUUAUUUUCUGAUGCUGAGAUACAGUGACUUAUCUUUGUGUGUGAAUAGCAGUGAUUCCCAUGUAGGUUUUGGCCUAACUUACCUGUGCUGUCAGAAAAAAGGCCCAUAGCAGAAUGGGGAAAGAGAUUGGCUCUUUUGCUUUGCUUGGACAAGCAUUUUGGGUUGUUUUGGUUUGGUUUUUGGUUUGGUUUGGUUUUUUCCCCACUAGGGGUACAGCAGGGAUUUCACAUGCAAGAGAUACAGGAAUUAUUAGUGUCUAAGUUAAUUGUGUUGCCUCACUACCUGGAUUCAUUCCUUGGUUUGCCUCGUUUCCCACAUAGGUCUUAAUAGAGACUAAUGCUUGUGCUGGGAGAAUGCUUGUGUGAGAAAGUAAUUAUCUGUACAUUCUUAACAUAUACUUAGAGCAGAGUGAUUGCCCUGCUACUGAUAUUUUGUUCCUGUAAACAGGUGACAAGAAAUGAAUCUUAGUGUUUAUGCAGAUUUUGCAUUGUAGAAUGUAUACUAGACCCUUCAAAGGAAAGGUUAGACUCUUUGCAAAGCAAACUGGCGUUGGUUCUUGGUAGUCUAGUACAGGGACACUAAAGUUUGACAUUUGAUUUAGGAAUAAAAAAACAACCCCAAGUUAUACACAGCUGAUUAUGUUAAAUAAGCUCUUAAUUGCUCUUCAUAGAAGUCUAAUUUGGGAGGUUUUAGUGUUUUGAUAACACAGCUGAAAUCUUACUUUAUCCUGUACUCGAGCUGAAUGCUGUUCUUGUAUAAUAGUGUACUAGGCUGGAUGAGGUACAAAGUAAUGCACAGAGGUCAGAAACAGCUGAGGAAAGAAUGCUUAAAAUAAUGUAAUCUAAACUCAGAAUACUUCCCAACAUUGGUUUUGUUUGCUUUUUUAAAGCACAAGUUGUCAAGUUGUACCUGUUGCUGUACAUAAACACUGUAUGCCAGCAGCUCCUUGAUCAUAUUUGUGGACAGACUUUGCAUUAUUAGACUGUUAUUAAAGGAAGAUGUUGAAUUUGAAGAGUGUAACAAAAUGAGAAAUGAUCAGAUUAUCUAUAGUAUGUAAAAGUCCAUUCUUUAUGUUGUAGUUUAAUCCCUUUCUUAGGAAAUUCCCUCUCAUUGAGGGACCUCUUCUGCAAGCAGAACACAAUAGAUGUGCUUUUUUAAAUGACCCCGUUUUCCAGUAUAAAGAGCUAACUUUGGCAGUAAGUCAUCACCAUGCAUCUCUCUGCUGGCAAGGGAGCACGGCAAGAACAGAAACCAAACCCCAAACUGGCAGUGAUGAGAUGAAACAAAUCUGAAUCACAAAAUGACCAAUACCCGAACAUAAUUAUUACACCCUGUUAUUUAAGAAGGAUGCUUGUGGAAGCUUUUAAUCACUCGAGAUUUCGCUGUAAAAUCUGAACUACAACAAAGCCUGGCUGCAUUUAUUACUGCCAAAAGCCAAGGUCAUUUGCACAUAGCCCAUCAGUGUAUCCAGGGUAGGUCUCAGUUAAUCCAAGGCAUGGAAGUGCAUGCAUUUUCUUAGCUGGGCAAACAAGUACAUUAUACAGUAGUUGUGAUACAACACAUGUGGCUUUUAUUUGUACUGCACAUACCCACUGUACAGCCACUCCGAAGUAUCGUGGUUAGCUUGCAGCAUCUGCUGUCCGCAUUUAUACUGUUUACUGCGUAUUCUUUUCCCUGGAAGUUUUAAAGAAAAUUGGUUUUUCUUUUUUUUUUUUUUUUUUCUCUUGUUGCAUUGAUUACAUUUUAUAAAUUUGCUUAGCUGGAAAGUUUGGGAAAAGAGGCCUGUUUGUCAAUUGUACAACCGAUUGUGAAGCUCUAGUGUGAAUAUUUUUACGUCUGUAUUAGACAUUUUCUUUGCAAAUCUAUUGUUCGAUUGAAAUGUAAAUGAAAUAAAAGAUGGUGUACACCCAUCAUGUAUAAAGCAGGCACCAUCGCUACGAUGGAUUUAAUGCUCAUUUUUAUGGCGCAUUCUCAGCUUCUAUUUAAAACUAUAAUUUAAAAAAAAAAAAGAAAAAAAUCUGUAAAAUGAAAUGGGGUUAUAUGGGGGAGUAAAUUCUAUUCCGUUUAUCUCGGGUUGAGUUCCCAAUGGUCGUUUCCCUUCGUGUUAGAGGUAGGGGCGGGCGGUGCCGUGUGUGUUUGCUGUAGCACUGAAGUGAAGAGGUUGUAUAGCUUUGGCUGGUCACGGAGUAGAGCAUCCUGGUUUUCAGUGUUUGAGAGACUCGGUGGAAGAAGUUUGCAGUAUUGACAUGUAUUUGCAUGCACCAAUAAAAAUUAUUUGUCCACCUUAA